AUAUAUAUUUUUUCUUCUUUUCUUUUUCUUAGUAUUGCUUAUAAAAUGAACAGGACGUUUAAUCCAAACGACUAUCCUGUUGUGAUUGGUAUUGAUUUUGGUACCACUUUCUCUGGUUGUGCCUAUGCUUAUACACAAAAUGAAGAAGUAGUUGAUAUUGUACGAUGGCCUAAACAAAACAACAAUGUCUAUCCCAAGACACCUACUUUGAAUUUCUAUCAAGGCAAUUCAAGUCAAAUGACACAAUGGGGUAAUGCUGCUCGUGUCGAAAUGCAAAGACCCACAGCCCGUAAUUCUGUCUUGUUAAAACAAUACAAGCUUUAUCUGGAUGAAAACAUUGCUAAGGAUUUGCCUCCCUUGCCUAAUGGACUGACUAUUGUGGAUGCUAUUGCAGACUAUUUAAGCGCGUUUCAUGAACAUGUCGUUAAUGAGCUCAAAAAGGGGUUUGCUCGUAAUUAUGGUCAACAUCAAUUUAGAUAUUGUCUUACAGUGCCUGCUAUGUGGUCUGACAGGGCCAAGAAUACCAUGCGUGAUGCAGCUAUCAAGGCAGGCCUGAUUGAUGAAACAGAUCACCGUGAUCGACUGAUGCUGAUUAGUGAACCUGAAGCAGCUGCUCUCUACUGUGAAAAGAAAUGCGAGCAAUUCAACCUAAGACACGGUGACAAAUUCAUGAUCUGUGAUGCAGGUGGUGGUACUGUGGACUUGAUUGUGUUUGAAAUUGAUGAACACAGUGGCAGAAAACUCAAGGAAUCCACCAAGGGUCAUGGUCAGUCCUGUGGUUCUGUCUUUUUGGAUCGUCGUAUGCGUAAAUUGCUGAAAAAGAAGUUCAAGGAAUACUUGAGUAGCAUUCCUGCUUCUGCUUUUGAGACCAUGAUGGAUACCUUUGUAGACCUCAUCAAACCUCAAUUUGAUGGUAUUGAAGAUCAGUUUAUUUCUUUGCCUGCUUCUAUGAAUCUCGGUUCACUUAAUAAUCCUGCUAUUGGAUUAGAAGAAGGCAUGCUCUGUUUGACAGCAGCUGAACUCAAAUCAGAUGUGUUUGAGCCUGUUGUUAAGGAAGUCUUGAACUUGAUUGAAGAUCAAUUGGUCAAGGCAGGCUCCUUACAAGCUGUGUUCCUUGUAGGUGGUUUUGGUUCAAGUAAUUAUCUGUUUGAGCGUGUUCAACAAGAGUUUGGUUCUCGUAUUGGUCUGGUAGCUGUCCCCCCUCGUUGUGAAUUGGCUGUGGUGCGUGGUGCUGUCUAUUUUGGCCUGAAUCCUCGUAUUGUGACUACCCGUAUUCCUCGAUACUGGUAUGGUAUUGACACAACCACCACGUUUGAAGAAGGCAUUGAUCCCCCCAGUUACAAAAUCAUCCGUGCUGAUGGUUCUGUACGUUGUGACAAUCGAUUCUCUGUCUAUGUUCGUCGUGGACAACCCUUGGAUAUUGAUAACUGUGUCAGCAAGGACUUUUUUGCUUAUUAUCCUCAUCAUACCACAUGUACGCUUUAUGCAGCAGAUACAGAAGAAAUGCCUCGUUAUACCACCAGCCCUGGUGUACGCAAAGUGGCUAAUUUCACUAUUCCUAUGCCUGCUUUGACAGGUGUCAUGGAAGGUGAAAAAGUAGAUUUGUCCAUCAAGAUGUAUUUUGGUGAAGUAGAAUUAAGAGUAGAAGCUGUGAUUCGGGGUAAAACAUAUGGCACAACAUGUACUUUUGAUACAGAUUAAAAAAAUA